AUGGGAAACCUGUCUAAGUUGGCGAUUGCGCUAGGACAGCCAGUCCUACAUGCGAAUUGCUAUGAAACAAUUCAUACGUGGAAUCCCGAUUGUUAUGGAGCAAUAUGGAACGCCAUUCCAAAUGGGGUGCGAUUUUCGUUCAGGACCUAUGCUACAUUUUAUUUGGUAACAAACAUUAUUCAAAAGCGGGGAAGACUAGAUAAAGUCAAAUGGGACAAGUUUAUAAAAGAUGUAGUGCGUUCUUCGCUGUUUUUGACAACUAAUAUGAUAUUUUUUCUAUUUAUUUUGUGCAAAUUGAGGCAACUCCUUGGGUUUUUUACACCGGUUUCACUUGGAUUACUUUCGAGUAUUGCUGCUUCAGGAAUUGCAAUUUUUGUCGAGAAGAAAACUCGUAGACCGGCAUUAGCAUUAUAUUUGACCAAUUUGGCUUCUGAAACUUUUUAUCGUCAUUUAACACUUCAUGGUAAAGCACCACAUUUCAAAUAUGGCGAAUGUGUGCCAUUUGGAAUUGGCUUGAUGAUAUUUUCAUUUCUUCAAGCAUCUGGGCGAUUGCCGAAGUCUUUCAAUGGAUUCAUGAAUAUUAUUUUGAAAUCAAAUAUCUCCGAAAACAUUGUAAACACUAAAAAUUUGCCGAAUGAUUUCAAAGAAUUUUUGGAAAAACUUCGAGCUGAUUAUGACAAAACCGUUUACUGCCAACAUCCUCAUUCUUGUAUCAGUCAAUCCGUCGAGAGCUUCGGAAAGAACUUUUCCACCGGACUUAUCAUUAGCACAGCGCUUCAUUUCGUCAAAAAUGGCACAAGAAUAAUUUCAAAUCCAUUAAAAGUUAUUUCUACAAUUAUAUCGAAAAACAAUAUGCGACUGCCGUUGUUUGCGGGACUUCUUCCUCUUCUUUUCAAUGCCUCUCGAUGUCUGAUGAAUCGGCAUACAAUGAUCCCAAACACAAUGAACAAUACGAUAUCAGCUGGAAUCGCCUCGUUGGCAAUGAUUGCUUUCCCAAAUGUUAGUAUCGCUAUGUAUUUUCUUUGGAAAGCCAUUGAGACGGUCUAUUUCCAUUUAGUUAAUAAUGGCUACAUCCCAAAAAUAAAAAAUGGAGAAGCUUAUUUAUACGCAGUCAUGACAGGAUACGUGUUAUGGAAUUGUAUUAUUGAACCAAGUGCCAUUCGAAAAGGCUAUUUAGGAUUUCUUCAAUCGCUUGUUGGUGGAAGAUUGAAUAACUUCAAUCGUCGUCUCUAUGACCAUUUCGGGUAUUUCCAUCGCGACAUUUGCGAUGGAAUGCCGUUGCUCGAUACCCGUUAUGUGACUAUUAAUCCGUUGCUUUAUCAACCUCUUGUCAAAUGA